AUGGCAAUCAAUCAGAAAAAGUUACUCGUCCUUGAUCUUGAUGGAACAUUGAUUUUUGCGGAAGAAAAAGUAGAACUCAUCUAUAUGCAAGUUGAACAGCGUCAUGAUUUUGAGUUAGAAGAUGGAUCGAUUUUAGUGUGGAAACGUCCGGAUAUUGAUGAAUUUCUCGAAUGGUGUUUUGAACAUUAUGAUAUUGGUAUAUGGUCGGCAUCGGGUUCAGAAUACGUUCAUUCUGUGCUAAGUCACAUUAUUCCAGGUCACUUGAGAGCAAAAGUAAAGUUUAUUUGGACAUCGACGAGAUGUACAAGAAAAUAUCAACAGCGAGGGUUAGAUACAUAUUCAGUUCCAAUUACAUUAAAAAAAUUGAAGAAAAUAUGGAGAAGAAAUAGAUCUCACAGUCCCAAUUCAGUUGCUAUCUAUAACAGACGUAACACGUUGAUAGUCGAUGAUACUCCUGUAACCUAUCGGACAAACUAUGGAAAUGCAAUUCCAAUAAUCUCCUACACUGGAAAUUCUAAAGAUUCUGAACUGAAAAGAAUUAAAAAUCUUUUAGAUUUAUUACUCUCUUCAAACGAUGUAAGAACAAUGAACAAGCGUGUAUCAGUUGAAAAUGUAAAUAAAAUAUUAUUAAAAUAA